AUGAGGAACAGUCUCUGCAACCGCCACGACCGACCCAACGGCAAGACGCUUGCCACGGCCGAGCGAUUGGCCAUCUUCCUUCACCAAACCGGGCUUAUGGACAAUGCUUUAAUUGACAACAACAAGCAUUGGAUUGGAUGGAAAUUUGUUGACGCUGAACUGGUCGUAUAUCACAUCCUCAUCAUCCUUGGCCAUCAAUGGCUAACUGUCCGUCAAGUCUAG